UUAAUUUCCUACGUUGAGAUUCACAACAUCGAGGGCGUGAUGAGGACUCUGUGGGCGUGUGUGUUUGUGGGCGUGGCUGUGUUCGCUGCUGUGUCGGACCAGAAGGAAACAGUGGCAGAGGAACUUAGCGAGAGCGAGGCAGCCAGAUUUGCUUGGGGAGAGAUCAGAUCGACGAAUGGAGAAGAAAUGACUGGAGCACCAUUUCUACUAAAACCCGUCGAUUGCGCGGAUCACUUGCUGAUGGGGAGCACGACCAGCGGGGUGUACGAGAUCUACCCCUUUUCGUGCUCAUGCAGUGAGCCCGUGAGGGUGUGGUGUGACAUGGAGACCGACGGCGGCGGAUGGACCGUCUUCAUGACCAGGCAGAGGCAGACGCCCCAAGUAAACUUCAACCGGUCCUGGACGGAGUAUAGGACAGGCUUUGGCGACGCUGAGGGAGAGUUCUGGCUCGGAAACGAAAUGAUGCACAGGAUAACUUCGAGCAGGACGUAUUCUCUCCGUGUGGACUUCACUCUCACGAGCAAGGGUCAGCAGUUCGCCGAGUGGGAAGAAUUCAGGCUUGACGAUGAGAGGAACAAAUACAAAAUUAAUCUAAAGGAUUAUUUACCAUGGAGUACAGCAAACACUAACUGUCUGACUUCCAUGAAUAACCGUUAUUUUACUACAUACGACCGUGACUACGAUUAUUACGUAGGUAACUGCGCUGCCACACUCGGCGGUGGCUGGUGGGUCAACAACUGUCGCUACAUGCACUUAACUGGCGUCUACGAACAAGGCCUGCUGAACACCAGGUGUACCGGCACCCCCGUUCAAAUCUCACGCGCGCAGAUGAAGAUCCGACCCGCCAUCUGCACCGAAGCCCUCAGGAGGAUUUCGCUCGACAGUCGCCAGUGCGGGACGUGCGUGUAGGCGUUAGUGCGGUGCCGUAUGUCAUCCAAAGGUGUGUUUCGAGAUUGAUCUGCCGAAACUGAGUUCAGGGCGGUUUGGGCAUCUAUAGGUCUCGAAUGGUGAGAAAAUCAAAGGGUUCAUUUGUUUUCGACUCCUCUAUCUCGUUUCGGGGCAAAUUCAAAAUAGCCACCAUCCCAGUUAGGAAAACUCUUAUCUAUCUCCACAACUCUUUGGUCGAUAUCGAUAAUCUGGAUGUCUUUUAUAGGGCUUUCGAUAAUGAUUGGCAACCUCUUCAAGGCAAUUCGAAGUCAAGGUCACCUGAUUUGCCCCGAAACCGCCCUGAACUCAAUUUAGGCAGACCAUUCUAGACAAAUUACACAAAAGACUACACUACUUACAGUGUGGUUGUUUUGAACGAUCAGCUGAUGGAUUUUCUUUGACACUGACUAUUUUCUUUUUUCUUUUUUCUUUUUUUUUUUGUAAGAUGUAUCGACAAGCUUCUACAAUCUACGCAAUUGGUGCUUAUCUGACCUUGAUGGGUUUUCUUUAUCGAAAACUUUUAUUCUAUAUUCAUGAUUAUAAUUAUAACUAUUAUUAUUAUCAUCAUUAUUAUCAUUAUUAUUAUUAUUAUAAUUAUUAUCAAUAACAUUACUAUUUUUAUUAUCAUUAUGAUUAUUUAUUAUUAUUAUCAUUAUGAUUAUUUAUUAUUAUUAUCAUUAUUAUUAUUAUUAUUAUUAUUAUAUCUUGUACCGACAAGAUUGCAGAAGCUUGUCGGUACAGAUGAAGAUAUAAUAAUAAUAAUAAUAAGAAGAAGAAGAAGCAGAAGAAGAAUAACAAUAAUGACAACAAUAAUAAUAAUAAUAAUAUAAUAAAAAUAAUGACAAUAAUAAUAAUA